UCUAUGAAAUUUUUGAAUUUCAACUGACCUAAUUCUUCGCCAAUCUUCUUCGCUGCACGACGUCGUCCACUUCUCUUCUUCUCCAGAAUCUCCCCUCUUCUCCAUUCUUCUCCACUUCUCUUCUCUUCUUCUCUUCUGAAUCUCUGAUCCACGCCCGCGACGCCCACUCGCCCAUUGCCCACGUGAAAGGUUCUCUCGCAGCGCAGCUACGUUCCAGUGGACAACUAGCCUAGUUCGUCUACCAUAUUUAUUUGCUGCAACAAUGAAGGUGCGGUCAUCAGUUAAGAAGAUGUGUGAGUUCUGUAAGACAGUGAAACGCCGUGGCCGUGUUUAUGUAAUAUGCACAUCUAAUCCUAAGCACAAGCAACGACAAGGCAUGUCAACAUUUGCAUAUGAAGGCCCUCCUCCUCCUACGUCUUCGGACACGAGUACCAGACCGGAGAUGUUGACUGGUCACAAUUUACGGGCUGGUCUGGCUUCUCUCAUUCCCAAAAAGCAGGAGCCAGUGACAAUGUACGGAUGGAGGGCAGGCCUUGCAUCCCUUCUGUUCAAAAGGUAAAUUAGCUUUCCUCCUAUUCGGAAGGGUGAGAAUGAAAUGGGACAAGGGUGAAGUUUGAUAAUCAACUAAUGGUACUGGUUUUAGCCUUGAUGAAUUUUGUCAUCCAUUGACCUUUCUGGUGUAUUCUGUUUCAUUAUGAGAGAAAAAGAAAAAGAAACAAGAGAAAGUAGUAACUUAAAUAAACAAGAUUUCCUGGGAGUAGAGAUGACAAAUGUUCUUCAAUUCUUGGGAGGUUCAUACUUUAUCAAAGUAAUGGAAUGAAAAAGCUUCUGUUUCA